AUGUAUGCGCGAAGUCGGAACGCUCGGGCGCAGAGCGGGUGGAAGGUGGACGCGGUGGCGGCGGACGCGCAGUCAGUACUCGGCGCUUCGGCAGUCCGUUUCACGCGGACCUCACUCACCCGUAUACUGGCUGAAGUCUCAAUAAACUUUUUUGGAAUUGGACCAGUACAGAGACCACAAUGAAGGGUCGGCUAGUAUUGCUGGCGCUGCUCCUCGCUGUGAUCUGCACCGCUGACGCUGAGAGACACCGGCGGCGCCACAAGCGGCUGCGCACGACCACGACAACGACGGAGCGGGCGGGCGCCGCGGAGGAAGCCGCUGCCGCCACCGACCUCGACGACCUGGAGGCGGAGCACCUCGAGCUCGGCAUGGCCGAGCGGCUCGACGAGAAGAAGUACCAGGAUUCGGAGAAAGCCCGUGUAUUGAAACUGUUGAACGAAGUGACCCGCAACGGUGACCCGGACCACGAAGUGUACCUCGACGACCCGUGCCUGAAGGUGCACUGCAGCGCGGGCCGCGUGUGCGAGAUCGACGAGCACGGCGAGGCCGUCUGCAACUGCAUCAAGGAGUGCCCCUAUGAAACUGAGCAGCGCAGGAAGGUGUGCACGAACUACAAUGAGACGUGGUCGUCGGACUGCGAGGUGUACCGGCAGCGCUGCCUGUGCCUCGACAACUCGGAGCUGUGCCGCGGCCCGCAGUACCACCACGUGCAGAUCGAGUACUACGGCACCUGCAAGCAGAUGCCGGAGUGUAGCGAGAGCGAGAUGUCGGACUUCCCGCGGCGCAUGCGCGACUGGCUGUUCAACAUAAUGCGCGACAUGGCCGAGCGCAGCGAGCUCACGCCGCACUACCUGCAGAUGGAGCGCGAGGCCGAGUCCAACCUCACGCGCCGCUGGGCCAACGCCGCCAUAUGGAAGUGGUGCGACCUCGAUGCGCACGACAACGACAGAUACGUGUCCCGCCACGAGCUGUUCCCGAUCCGGGCGCCGCUGAUGGCGCUGGAGCACUGCAUCGCGCCGUUCCUCGAUCACUGCGACGAGGACGACGACCACCGCAUCACGCUCGCCGAGUGGGGCAAGUGCCUGCAGCUCGACGAGUCGGAGCUAGAGGACCGAUGUGACGAGUUCGUGGACGACCCGAACGCGUAAGGCGGCGCCGGCGCAGGUCACUGGCGCGGCGCGGCCCGCCUACACUCACACUGCCGAUACUUUGUACUAAGUUAGAACUACACAAAAAUUAUAUUAGAAAAAAGAAGAAUGAUUUAUUAAGUACUCUAUCUAUAAUGUCUUACAUACGAUCGUAUUACAUUUGUUACAAAUAAUAAACACUCUUGUAAAUAGCAGUACUGUGAUGAUCGAGCCAAAUUAAUUAUUACUAUAGGUUAUAAAUGUAAAUGUUUUUAAUAAAUAAUUUACACCAA